UCUGGCUCACUGGCAAGGUUUGUUUACUGGCGGAGAGGCAGAGAAGGGGAUCCUAGGGGAUCUGUGAGACUGAACAAUCUACCUCUAAUGUGGGAGAGUAAAAUAAGUUUUUCAAUUCUAUUUUUGUUGUUAUUAUCAUUCGAAUACGCAUUUGGUCAUUUUGGACUAAGUUAAGGCGCAUUUGCAAAACCUUAAAACGCAUUUCAUUUUUGUAAAGAACGAGGGCGGGCGACCACAACGAGCUAGCCACGGCGAAGUCUGACACUCGGCAGACUGGAACUAGUCUCACUGAAAUCUCAGCAUUGACUGAGUCGACUCCGACUUGUGGUGCGGAUCUAUCCGUAGUCUUGUAUCAAUGUUUUUCAAUUACUGGCGUGUUUAAUUGUGAAUAGGUUAUCGUCUUGUAUUCGUUGCAGUGGAGUUUGUAGUGAAAGACAAGCCGUGUAUGUGAUUCGCAGUGACCCAUGGGUUUUACUACGCCACGCGUGCCACGAUCCUCGAGUUGUCAGAAACAUAGCUAGUAUCAGAAUUGCAACAAAACCUUGGAGGAAAAUUAGUUAAAUUCACUGAAGCAGAACGUCUAAAAAGAACGAUUGAGGAUAUAGAUAUACCUGGCAAAUGCAUUUAACCCAAUAAACUGGAUUGAGAAAGCGAGAGUUGCUAUCGCUAAAUUUACUUGUGGCCUGCUCUAUUGCUUACUGCUACUACUAGCUACGUAGCUAUAGCUAACGUUAGCUUUUUGGCUAACUCGCACAACUCAGGCGUGAUCUGGCUUGCAGUUUGUGUGUUAUUACGUGAUACGAUAGACAUUAAUCUCAUAAGCGGAAAGGAUUGAUGCCGUUCACCAAGUUGCAAAUGAAGCCUUUUACUUCAUUUCGUCGCAAUGUGGCACAUACUUGCAUUUGUUCGUGGUAAUUUUGAAUAUCCACCAGACCCGAUACAGCUAUAUCUAGCUAGCCUGUGCGCCAGCAGCCUAUUUAGAUUGAACACGUUGGACCCUUCCCUCCGCCCAUUUUUCCGGUGACUGUUUUUAUUUUUGUUUACCUGAUUUUUGCGGCUCAUUAAACUAAUUUCCUGCCAUCAUUUUCUUGGUAGUUUUAAGUGAGAUCUCACACGGAUUCUUCUCAAUUUGUCGACAACGUCGUUGGACUGUGACUUCACUUGAGUCAAUAUGUGGCUCCGGACUUUCCUUGCGGUUUUUGUGACCACUGUGUGCAUUUUAUGGAAUUGUCACCCAACUAAUGGAGAGAUUUGCCCUAGUAAAGACAUCCGGAACAACGUGACCAACCUACGGACGUUGGAGAACUGCACGGUGAUCGAGGGCCAUCUGAAGAUCCUUCUCAUGUUCAACAUCAAGCCGCAGGACUUCCGAGGCGUCAGCUUCCCCAAGCUGACCGUCAUCACAGACUAUCUGCUGCUCUUUCGCGUCUACGGCAUGGAGACCCUCCAGGACCUCUUCCCCAACCUGACCGUCAUCCGAGGGAACAACCUCUUCUUCAACUACGCCCUGGUACUGUUUGAGAUGCUGCAGCUGCGGGAGAUUGGCCUGCACAGCCUCAUGAACAUCACCCGGGGCGCGGUGCGCGUGGAGAAGAACCCGGACCUUUGCUACCUCUCCACCCUGGACUGGUCCAAGAUCCUGGACUCGGUAGAGGACAACUACAUCGUGGCGAACAAGAACGACCGCGAGUGCGGAGACGUCUGCCCAGGGGCGGCCAAGGGGAAGGCCACCUGCCUUCAGACCACCAUCAACGGCCUGUUCAGCGAGCGCUGCUGGACACAGAAACAUUGCCAGAGGGUCUGCCCGUCCACCUGCAAGCACCGUGCCUGCACCCUGGACAACCAGUGCUGCCACGACCAGUGCCUGGGAGGGUGCCUGGAGCCCAACUCAGCCAGCACGUGCGUGUCCUGCCGCCACCUCCAGCACGGGGGCACGUGCGUGGAGAAGUGUCCCCUGGGACACUACACCUACAGGGGCUGGCGGUGUGUCCCCUUCUCCUUCUGCCAGGAGCUCCACAAUCAGUGCCGGCAGAGCAAGAGCAGCGACUGCCACGAGUACGUCAUCCAUAACGGCGCCUGCAUCGCCGAGUGCCCGUCCGGGUACACCACCGUCAACUCCUCCUCGCUGAUGUGCAUGCCCUGCGCUGGCCUCUGUCCCAAGGUGUGCAUGGGCGUGAAGACGGUGGACUCGGUCACAUCGGCCCAGGCGCUCCGGGGCUGCACCGUCCUCAACGGCAGCAUGGUCAUCAACCUCCGGGGGGGAAACAACAUAGCAGCCGAGUUGGAGACCAGCCUGGGGCAGCUGGAGGAGAUCACGGGCUACCUGACCAUCAAACGCUCCUACGCCCUCGUCUCCCUGUCCUUCUUCCGCAAGCUGCGCGUCAUCCGCGGAGAGACACAGGAAGUCGGGAACUAUACCUUCUACGCUCUGGACAACCAGAACCUGCGUCAGCUGUGGGACUGGUCCAAACAUAAGAUGUCUAUCCCUCAAGGAAGGAUAUUUGUCCACUACAACUCCAAACUCUGCAUGUCUGAGAUCCGCAAGAUGGAGGAAGUGACUGGCAUCAAAGACCGGCAGGUCAAAAACGACAUUGGCACAAAGACCAACGGAGACCAGGCCUCGUGCGAGAACCAGCUGUUGAAGUUUACCCAGAUCCGCACCAUGAACGACAAGAUCAUCAUCAAGUGGGAGCCCUUCUGGCCCCCGGACUUCAGGGACCUGCUGGGGUUCAUGGUCCUCUACAAAGAGUCGCCCUACAAGAACGUGACGGAGUUUGACGGCCAGGACGCCUGCGGCUCCAACAGCUGGGUGAUCGCCGACGUGGACCCGCCCCCCCGCGCCACCGACGGGAAGGACCAGAUGGAGCCGGGCCACCUCAUCCACCCCCUGAAGCCCUGGACGCAGUACGCCAUCAUGGUGAAGACCCAGCUGUCGGCCUCCGACGACCACCAGGUGCGCGGCGCCAAGAGUGAGAUCAUCUACGUGCGCACCAACGCCACAAAGCCAUCAGUGCCACUGGACCCAAUCUCCUCCUCCAACUCCUCCUCCCACAUAAUCCUGAAGUGGAAGCCGCCCAAUGACCCCAACGGUCAGAUCACCCACUACCUGGUCUUCUGUCAACGCCAACCAGAGGCCAGUGAGCUCUACAAGUUUGACUACUGUCAAAAGGGGAUGAAGCUCCCGUCCCGGAUGCCCACCCAGGUGGACAGUGACGAGGAGCACAAAUGGAACCAGACGGAGGACCAGGGCCAGGGGGGGCGCUGCUGCGCCUGCCCCAAGACCGACAAGGAGCUCAAGAAGGAGGCGGAGGACUCGGAGUACCGCAAGACCUUUGAGAACUACCUCCACAACGAGGUGUUUGAGAUCAAAACCUCCCGGCAACGGCGCUCGGCGGUGGGCAUAGCCAACCGGACGCUGCCGUUCCUGACCACGCCCCCCAGCCCGCCGGAGGGCGUGGCCACCACGCGCAGCCCCGAGGAGGGGGAGGAGUUUGAGAGCACCAAGAUCGUGCUGACCGUGAAGGCCAAGGAGACCACGACCAUCUCCAACCUGCGCCACUUCACCAGCUACCAGAUCGAGGUCCACGCCUGCAACCACCUGACCGACCAGACGCGCUGCAGCAUGGCGGCUUACGUGAGCGCCCGCACCAUGCCCGAGGAUAAAGCGGAUGACAUCCCAGGGCCCAUCACCUUCGAGGUGUCCGAAGACACGGUGCGCGUCAGGUGGCAGGAGCCCAAGGCGCCCAACGGCAUGAUCAUCCUGUAUGAGGUCCACUACAGGAGGCUGGUCGACUCUGAGGAGUCCCACCACUGUGUGUCCAGGAACAGCUACCGGGAGGCCAAGGGCUGCAAGCUGCGCGUGGUGCACCAUGGGAACUACACGGUGCGCAUCCGCGCCACCUCGCUGGCGGGCAACGGCUCCUGGACGGAGCCCAGCUACUUCUACGUUCAGGACCCCCGGGGGGACCUGGACGGCGUGGUGAGGAUCAUCAUCGGGCCGGUCAUCUGCAUCAUCCUGCUGUUUAUGGUAGCCGGCGGAGGGUUCUUCAUGUUCAAGAAGAAGCAAACCCAGGGACCGAGUGGACCCAUCUACGCCUCGUCCAACCCCGAGUACCUCAGCGCCAACGACGUGUACGAGCCUGACGACUGGGAGGUGCCGAGAGACAAGAUCAACAUCCUGCGCGAGCUGGGCCAGGGCUCGUUCGGCAUGGUGUACGAAGGCAUCGCCAAGGACAUCGUCAAGGGCGAGGGCGAGUCGCACGUGGCGGUGAAGACGGUCAACGAGUCGGCCAGCCUGCGCGAGCGCAUCGAGUUCCUCAACGAAGCCUCGGUCAUGAAGGCCUUCACGUGUCACCAUGUGGUGAGACUUAUGGGCGUGGUGUCCAAGGGCCAGCCCACGUUGGUCGUCAUGGAGUUGAUGACCCACGGCGACCUGAAGAGCUACCUGCGCUGUCUCCGGCCCGACUCUGAGAACAACCCGGGCCGCCCCCCGCCCACGCUGAAGGAGAUGAUCCAGAUGGCGGCGGAGAUCGCGGACGGGAUGGCCUACCUCAACGCCAAGAAGUUUGUCCACAGAGACCUGGCGGCCAGGAACUGCAUGGUGGCGCAGGACCUGACUGUCAAGAUCGGAGACUUUGGCAUGACGCGGGACAUCUAUGAGACGGAUUACUACAGGAAAGGAGGAAAGGGCCUCCUCCCUGUCAGAUGGAUGGCGCCCGAGUCCCUCAAGGACGGCGUGUUCACCGCCCACUCAGACUGCUGGUCGUUCGGGGUGGUGUUAUGGGAGAUUAGCACCUUGGCAGAGCAGCCUUACCAGGGCCUGUCCAACGAGCAGGUGCUGAAGUUCGUCAUGGAUGGCGGUUACCUGGAUCGCCCCGACAACUGUGCAGACAGACUACACAACCUGAUGCAGAUGUGCUGGCAGUACAACCCCAAGAUGCGGCCCAUGUUCCAGGAGAUCAUCGAGAUGCUCCGGGAGGACCUGCACCCGUCCUUCCAGGAGGUGUCCUUCUACUACAGCGAGGAGAACAAGCCGCCCGAGACGGAGGACUUUGACCUGGACCUGGAGAACAUGGAGAGCAUCCCACUGGACCCGUGCUCCUACUCCCACCGGGGGGAGGAGGGCUCGGACCGCGACGAGGCGGGCUCCUCGGUGGGCCUGCGGGCCAGCUACGAGGAGCACAUCCCCUACACGCACAUGAACGGCGGGAAAACGAACGGACGAAUACUAGCCCUCCCCCGCUCCAGCCCCUCCUAACAUACCCUUUCACCCCGCCCCCCCGCCCCCACACACAGAUGCAUAGAUAUAAAUAUAUAUAUUUUUGUUUUCGUUCUGUCAUUUUUAUACAGAUCACUGUUUCACUUUUAUCACUCUCUUCAGAGGUCGAAGCAUAUCUCAGGAUGUUUUUUUUCUUCUUCUCAAGAUGCCACAUACACACACACUACAGUAUGUCCACUCAGGACAGGACUAAGACCAAGCUCUCGCUCCUCUUUCUAGUCCAUGAUUGGGUUUUGUUUUUUUGUCGUUUUUAUAUAUUGCCAAAUUUGCAAGACUGGGCGGAUGGAUGGAUACAACUGUGAAAUAAACUCUUUGACAACCAGAAGGCUGCUAAACCCAUGACUAAAAGACAGUCCCCCCCCCCCCCCCCCCUUAUCCCUUGCUAUGUACAGUAUGAAUGGGUUUUUCUCCCUGGGUUGUCCGGUUAAAAGUGCUCUUCUCUGUCUGUGGCCUACAUCCUCGUCAUGGAAGUGUGUCUGAAUUGUUGUACUUAAUGUGUCGUCGAAAACCAGUCACUGAUGUUUUAAUGGACUUGGGAACUGUCAAGUGGUUCAAGGAUGUCCAUCGUCGAACAAACUCUUAUCUACUGGAGAAGCUAGUUUAAGACUCCACACCCUGCAGUAUUCCAAACAUCACACACACAAAUGAACAGAUAUAUCUUUUGGGUUCUAUUAUUAAUUUAUUUACUUUUCUCAUUUUCUUUUUUGAGUUUUCACAUUUACAGCUGAAGGAUAUUUAAAUGGUUUCAAGAAAAAAGAAAAAAAAAAACAUUUGACAAACGAGUUCCUCCAAUUGACCAAUAGCUGCUUCUUUGGUAUAUUUUAGUGGGUAUAGAAGAUAUAAAUAUAUAUAAAUAUAUUAUUGAUGUUUUUGUACAUAGACGAUAUGUUGUCAUUCAUGAGGUAUUUCCGGUCGUAGAAUGUUUUUACAUGUUAGUCUUAUGUUUAUUUUGUUUUCUAAUUCAGAAAUCAUACUAAUUAUCAUUUUUGACUUUUUGAUCAACCAACAGCACUUGGUCUUUAUUUUCUAUCAGAUGCACGGAAAGCAGGAGUAAUGGCGUCUAUGGCUUCAGAUGUCUGCCCUUGAAUAUCAAGAUCAAAUAAAAAAUCUGCUGUAAAUAAAGCAGCAAGGUGCAUUCAUGA